GACAAGGCCGCGCUGAUAAGCGAGACUAGGCGGCGUUUCGAGGCAGAGUACCUGCCAGAUAAAUCAGAUAAAUAUGAUUCUAGAGAUGUGGAAAGACUUCAGCAAGAUGAUAGAUGGGUUGAAAAUUACCUGAUUUGGCGUCACGAUGUUGUGGAUGAUACAUUAAAGAUGAUUGAUGAAAGCUUUCAGUGGAGGAAAGAAUAUACAGUUAAUGACUUGACAGAAUCUGUCCUUCCAAAAUGGUUAUUUGAAACCGGUGCACUCUUUCUGCAUGGAUAUGAUAAAGAGGGCUAUAAAUUAUUUUGGUUCAGAGUGAAGUAUCAUGCAAGAGAUCCUAAACAGCAACUUGAGAAAAAGAAACUGGUAGCUUUUUGGUUAGAACAUUAUGCCAAGAGAGAUCAUGGAAAGCCCUUAACAGUGGUAUUUGACAUGGCCGAAACUGGAAUCAGUCACAUAGACUUGGAUUUUGUUCGGUUCAUUGUCAACUGUUUUACAGAUUAUUACCCGAACUUCCUCACAAAGAUAGUGAUCUUUGAAAUGCCAUGGAUAAUGAACGCUGCUUUUAAAAUUGUGAAGGGUUGGCUUGGCCCAGAUGCAAUAAGCAUGUUAAAGUUCACAAACAAGAGUGAUGUACAGGAAUACAUCAGUGGAGAGUAUCUGCCACCUCACAUGGGUGGAACUGAUUCUUUCAAGUACAGUUAUCCUCCAUUGGUUGAUGAUGACUUUCAAACUCCUUUAUGUGAAAAUGGGCCCAUUACUAGUGAAGACGAGCAUGAAAGUAAAGAAGAGAUAGAUGCGGACACGAAGGAGACUGGGGAGCUGAAUGAAGAACAACAAAAUCUUAAUCAGAAAAAGAUGAACUCUAUAGAACAAAUUACCAAAUCAGAGGAAACUGACAAAACAGAGAUCAAACCAAAAAAUGCAAAGAAAGCAUUAACCACUUUUAAAGGACCUUUAUUACAUAUCAGCCCAGCAGAAGAGCUAUAUUUUGGAUCCAAAGAAACCGGAGAGAAAAAAUGUUUGAUAGUUCUCACAAAUGUCACUAAAAACAUAGUGGCUUUUAAGGUGAGAACAACUGCUCCUGAAAAAUACAGAGUUAAACCCAGUAACAGCAGCUGUGAACCUGGCACAUCACUGGAUAUAAUAGUCUCUCUUCAUGGUGGUUUUGCAGCUUCUCUGCAGGAUCGUUUCCUUAUAAUGGCAGCAGAAAUGGACCAGUCUUCUGGCGCAGGUGUGCCAGAACUGACUCAGUUUUGGAAAGAAGUCCCUAGGACCAAAGUGAUGGAACAUAGGCUCAGGUGUCAUGUUGUAGAAAGUAGUAAGCCUUCUUCUUUGACGUUAAAAGAGAACGCAUUUAAUGUUCCGGCAAAAAACAACGAAGAUUUACAUAUACAGCUAACUCGUUUACUGCAAAUUAAUAAAAGACUUCAAGAGCAGAUUGAUCGCUGCCUCUGGUUCCAGCAAUUGUCAGUUGCUUUAUCAUUACUGUCAGUUACUGUUGUUGCCUUCUGCUUCUACCUGGCGUAUACCCAGAGAAGCUAAAAAGAAUUGCUGUGCCACGGGAUGUGCUGCCUGUCAUGGUUGGUUGGAGUGGAAGAGAUUGCAGUGCUGCACUCGGAUUCUGGAACUGCCAAAAUGAGGGGAUGAGCCCACAACAAUGAA